AAGUCCAAACAAAGACUGCCCGUGAAUAUAAACCACCAGCUCUUGUAAUUGAAAAGAAAGGUAGCUAUGAUCCCUUUGCUUGCUACUUAGUGAUUGCCAGCUGAUUAAUGCAGCUUCUAGAAAUCAUUGCUCCCUUCUACUUAGAAUCCUAGCCCGAUUCUUCUUCUUUCUAUUCUUAUACUAACGCCCACCAUGUGAGAAGAUUUCGGAGAUCAGGCGCUUUAUUAGAGCACAAGAAUGUUGUCAAGAUCAUUUCGAUGCCUGAUAACCACCUCAGAGAGCCUUGUUUUAUGCAUCAUCAAGGCCAUCUUCUCCUGGAUCCCACCGUUCGAAGGAGACAAGGAGAAGUCUUCGACAGACUUCAUGCCGUCUCCGGCGCUGGUUCAAGUUCCGGCCCCCUUCACAAUCGCAUCCAUCAAAGAGCAAUUGCUGGUUCUGGAACAUGGCUGCUUUCUCGGGAGAUGCAAAGAAGAAGAUGAAGAAGCCGACGUCUAUUUGGAAUGCAGCGUCUGUUUGGAAGGCAUGAACAAUGAAGGAGACGAUGUCAGAGCGGUCGGCAACUGUGGCCACAAGUUUCACAGAGUGUGUAUGGAAGGGUGGGUUGACCAUGGCCAAACCACUUGCCCUCUAUGCAGGUCCAGUCUAUUGCCUGAUGCUCACCAGGAUGGGAAGCUCGUCGUCCAUGGCGGAUCAGGAGAUCAGUGGAGGAGGGAGAGGAUGAUUUACUUGUUCGGUGAGGAUUCCCUUUUCCAGCGAUCAUCGAUAAGUCCAACCAGCUCUAACUCUUUAAGUCUUUUAUAUUUGCAUUGGAAACACUUUGUGUAACCUCUCAGCGAGGGUGUUCGUGUACUUGAGAAUGGAAAAUUUUGUAUUGUAUUCUGUAUAAUAUUCUUCUUAAUCAAAAUUUCAAACUCAUU